UUUAAAGACAAUAAAUAUUUAUUAGGCUCUAAACAGAGCUUCCUCAUUUUUCAACGCCACUACGUCAUAGAUGUUAUAAGCACGGAGAAAACAAACCUAAUAAUAAGACAUCACCCAGACGGAGCGCAAAAUCUGCGACUAAUUUGCACCAAUUUGAGGGUACAACUAAACGGAAGAGCAAACAUAAUUUUCCCUCCCGUCAUUCCAAGCCCAUGGGAUCGAUGAAAAAUUAGCAAGCUCAGUACGCGUACGUACGGCACGGUGUAAGCUCCGAAAUGCCGGAUUCGCAGUCGACGGGUAGCUUUCCGAGGAAGUCCUCUCCAGAACUGGACGUGGUGGAGCAGGUUAACGGCAGUUUUGGCCGCUGGCAGUUGCGCACCAUCCUGUUGAUAUUCCUCUGCAAGAUUCCCAGCGCAUGGUUCACAACCAUCAUUAUCUAUACGGCACCGUAUCCCUGGAAGGGAGAACUCGUUUGCCACCCGGCGGAUUGGAAUGUUAGCCGGUCGCAGGGGGACCAUGUGGACCGGAACCAUGCUCUUUGGCAGGAUGCUCGCAGCACGGAUCGGCUCUUUAAUGUGGACGUGUGCAAUGCGUAUUCCGAUUCCCUGGCCCGAGGGUUCGUGCGUAGACAUGGUCAGGAGUGGAACGCCUCGGAAUCACAGGAACUAGGUGGCCCACCUUCGCUGCCCUGCGCGCACGUGGAACAUCGAACUGACUACAAGUCCCUGAUCAGUCAGUUUGAUUUAAUCUGCUCCCGUCGCGUGCUAGUGGCUCUGACGCAAUCUUUUCAUGCACUUGGUGCCCUCAUUGGCGGACUCAUGGCCCAUUCUGCUCUCAAGAAAAUCAGUCCGCGUCGCUUAAUGCUGCUGGGCAUGAUUGGGCAGAUAUUUUGCGGUAAUCUCACCGGCUUAGUGGACACCUAUCAGUUGCAUAUCUACUUCCGCUGCCUCACUUCCAUAUUUUGUGCUCUCAUGUACACUUCCGGGCAAUUUAUUUUGAACGACAUUACCUCGGGUAAGGCUCGCAUCAUAGUGGUUACUUUAUCGGAGCUCUUCUGGUCCAUGGGUCUCGUCCUGCUGCCCGCCAUAUCGAUAUACUUUGACAACUGGAGCUACCUGUACGUGGCCAUCUCGUCCUCCCUCAUUGUGCUUGUAUGGCUGCAUCGUUGGAUAGCUGAUGCUCCUCGCUGGCUGCUGCGGCACCAGCGAGUGGAGGCUGCCCUGCGGCAGCUGCUGGAAUCAGCCACAUACAAUAACCAGAAGGUUCCACUUACACUCGAUGUUCAGCUCACGAUGUACGCCAAUGACCUGGACCAGAAAUCCAAACAGAAGCACAGCUACUGCCAAGUCUGGGAUGGCGAGACGAAACGCAGCCAACUCGUGUACAUCCACCUGAUCUGGGGCGGUGCUAUGGUGCUGUAUAACAUCAUUCUGCUGAUGAUUCGAAACCUGGGCGCCGAACAAGUGCAUGUAAACACAGCGGCCAUGGGAUUUGCUGAGAUGGUGGGCAUUUUUGUUGGUCUCUAUCUGAUCCUAUACACGCGUCGUCAUUGGCGGUGGGCAGGAAAUCUGAUGAUCAUGGCUGGUCUCAGCACCUAUCUGGUUUGGCUGCUGCCCGAAACUGAACGCAAUUCGCGACGCGUGGGACUGGAACUGGUAUUUUGGCUCUUAUUAAAGAUAGGCAACUCCGCAUCGAUUGCAGUGCUGACCACUUGCACCAGUGAAAUUGUGUCCAAGGAAAAGCGAGUGCUCCUUAUGCUUUCUGUGAUCUCAUUUAGCCGAGUGUGCCUGGUCUUCUGCCCCCUUCUGAGCUGUCUCACUGUCAUCCACCACCUGGUUCCCAUCACCAUCCUGGCCACCAUGGGCUGGGUUUACGGCUUGGCCCUGCGCCGCCUCAACCGCUAUUACUGGAACACGGAGCAGCCGCAGAUCAGUCAGGUGCCCACGCCCAACACCUAUCGUCGCCAGUCGGCCAUCAUCCUGCGCCGCUGCAGCACCGUGAGUUCGGAUUGCAGUGCCUAUAGCAAUGAACUUCUCAGCAACUUUGAGCGGAACAUGGCAGUUAGCAUAGCCGAUAUAUGGCACAUCAAUUUCCAUCCCUCCAGUGAAAUCGAAUUGGCAGUGGAUCGGAAUUGUGGGGAAGCUCACAGAGCGCACAGCUCGGAAACCAUUUGAAGAGCUUUUGCAGAGCCCGAAAGUAGGCUUUGUUCGAUCUAAAGAUAUUAAGUUGUUAGGUGUACAGUGUACACUCUAUUAUUUGGCGAUUAUAACAAUAAAUGUAACAGUAUCCGAUAAUUAUAAUAUAUUUAAAUAUCAUCCCUAUCCCUUAACAUAUUCUUUACAUUAUCUGACCGAUGUAGGAAAUUUUCGUGAUAGAAAACCCGCCCAAUUUUAAAUAGAUGAUCCAUAAACCACGUGUUUAUCGAAUUUCGCCACAAAAUUAAAGGCUUGCUCAAAGUUAAACGUAACCGGAAUCCCACCAAAUUCGAUCAUUUCUCGUCAUAUAUUGCUAAUUAAAUUAUUUAUUUCUUCAGUCCUAAUUCGCAAGCAAUGAGCAACAAAUGACACAAAAUUAAACUAAUUUUAAUGACAAAUAUAUGAUAUUGAAAUGAUUAUGUAGAUCCUGGAAGGAAUAUUUUGUGUUGAAUUCAAGACCGCAUUAGCUAUUAAUCUAUAGCUCGAUAUUAAUGUAGGUUAAUGAAGAGCACCACAAUCGAUGUGUCACUAGGAGCGCUAAAAAAAGCGACCUAGACAAUAAAGAUUAAAAUAGAAAUCCGCUAGGAAGGCGUUGAGGAAUUUGUACAAGCCCGAAUGCCAAUCGCUGAUAUUGUGAAGCAAUAAUGUUAUGGCUCCCAAGCCAGCAGCCCCCGGUUUGGACACUUUCCGCUCCUCACCUGAGAUAAUGCACACUCGAUAGGGGUAAACUCAAACUAAUAACAUAAAGAGCGUUAAAAGACACCGUAUCGAUCCGUCAGCUAUUCAAUAAAAUUAAAUGUUUAAUGGACAAACAAAGAAAAAAUGCCUCAGUAACCAAAAGAAAAUCCCGUCCGGGCCAAAUACUUUAUGAACCAUAAAACACAAUAGAAACUAGAGUGAAAUGCUGGAAAAACUAACCCGUUCAAUAACUUUUUAUUAUUUGAGCAAAUUCAUUAAGUAAAUUAACGCCUCGAGUUUCCGAGUGGACAGCCAGUCGGCUCACUCCCUGUCUAUAGCUCCCAGUGCGACAUUGGCUUCAGUUGCUAUUUGAUUCUCGGCCGAUUGGGACGCGUGUGCUCCAAGAAUCUAUUAAGAAAUCGGGCUGGGACGUGCGAAUCGGAAAGCUGCCUUUUUCGAACGGGGAUCCGCCGAAAUCCGAGCGGCGUGAAUAACUUUUAUUGUCGCUUAAUUAAUUAAAACAAUUUAUAUGAAAUCAAUCGAACAAACACAAACAGCAAAGAAUCAUCGCGAGAAAUAAAGUGUAUUGAAAAAUAUUUAAGUGUUUGUGAAUAAACCCUUGAUAAAUCAAAAA